AUGGAGAAUAUAACCGAGAUAGAGGGCGAUUUAUUCCUCGCUCCCGAAGGGGCUGCUCUUAUCCACGCAUGCAAUUGUCAAGGAUCUUGGGGGAAAGGUAUUGCACUUGAGUUUAAGAAUAGAUACCCAGCAGCGUACCAGAUUUAUCGUUCAUAUAGCUUGGACCUUCUUGCCAAUCCUCAGACGGGGCUAUGUCCAGCUAAUGAUACCGAGAUUGGAGAUGACACCAAAAACGCUACCCAACGAGUGACUAAACUUCCUGAAGGGACAGCUUUGGUUAUACCACCACAACCAGGUGACUAUGGUACACAGGGCUUCCAUAUAAGCACUGCUAGGGGUGGAGGACGUGGUCGAGGUCGAGGUAGGGGCAGAGGCAGAGGUAGAGGAAACGCAAGAACACCUAAUUCAUUUCCCCAGCCAGCUGGCAAACGGCAUUGGAUAAUAUGUCUCUUUACAGCUUGGCACUAUGCAGCUGGCAAGCGUAACCCUCCCAAUGAGAUCAUUGAGAACACGGCUACAGCUUUAGCAGACCUAAAACGCCAGAUUGACGGAGGUGUGGCGGAUACGGAUAAUGCUUUAAGGGAUGCGGAACUAUGGUCUUGUCGCAUCAAUGCUGGGCUGUUUGGAGUUGACUGGGAGCAAUCCAAGAGCAUUAUGGCGGAGUCUAUGUUGAAUAUCAAGAUUGUGUCGCCACCCCCGGAGUAA